AUGACCGAUGUUCUCGAGAUUGCCUUGACGCGAGAGGCUACUGACUUUACCACACGACAAGCCCUGAGACGAAAGGGUCUUAAUGCCGCAUGCAUAUAUGACUCCUAUGAAGUGGCAAUGGAACUCCUGAACGGGAGGGAGCCGGUUGAAGUGACUGCUAGGCUAGUCAGAGCGGCCAUAGUUUCUAGUAGCGGGCGGGUGAUAACACUCAUCCUACGGAAUUAUAAAAAUAUGGUCAUUACACCGGACAUAACGACGUGCGCCACGAGAAAUAGGCGGUUCGGGAUUGAGGCACUCAAAGCCCUGAAGAAUCACUACGGUAGACUCCCAGCAGACCUGGGGACGUAUAGAUCAGCGAUGGAAUGUUCUAGCGAGAUGCUAAAGUAUUUACUCGCUCAAGUAGACCAUCCACCCGGGAUCGAGGAUAUCGUUACCCUCGCUUCAAGCGGCCGUGAAGAGUCUAUGUCAACAGUCUUGCACUAUAAAGAGGAUAUUCCCAUAACUCAGAGUGCGCUCCUCGGUGCGGCUCGGAACUCUGUCGAUGGGCACCAAAUAAUGAAGACUUUGGUGAAGCACACUAAAGCGAACAUUGUCCUCUCUGAAGAGAUCCUCUGUGCUGUUGCGUCAAACAAGAGCAAAGGUCCGAUGAUUUUUGAGUACCUCUUUCGGGCUUUAGGGAACAGCGUGAAUAUUACGGAGGCGGUCCUAGUCAGCGCAGCAAAAAGCGGUUGGCUAUUAGAAGACAUCAUUAACAUUCUAAAGCGCCGACCGGAUAUCCCCAUCCCCGAAGCUAUCAUUUCGGAUGUCGUUAACGAUGAGUUUCACGGCGACGAACUCAUCGAAGCGCUGUUCAAUCACGAUCCCAGCAUUGUCGUAAGUGAAGACAACCUGGUAGCCGCAGCACAAAACAAUGGCCGUGGAACCAAGAUACUCAAAUUUCUCAUACAGCAUGUAGACCGGAUUCGAAUCACACCGCGAGUUGUGGCGGCGGCAGCAGCUAAUAAAUCUCUUGGAAAUGAACUUGUAUCACUACUUUUGGCCGGGAUUCUCGAUUUACAUAUUGAAGACACAGUCCUAGAAGCGGCAGCUGGAAACCCAGAGUUCGGAGAUGAACUUAUCGAAACGUUACUAUACUACGAUGGUAAUACACCAAUUGGAGAUCGUGUCAUGGAAGCUGUAGCUAGAAAUAAGAAAAGGGGCGUAAAGGUUUUCGCACUACUUUUGGAACACGAUCCGAAUAUCAAAAUAUCCGAAUCUAUGCUUAAAGCAGCCAUUGCUAAUGGUAACUCAAAACUCUUGAAGGUAUGGCUAGAUCUCAGCAACGUCAACUCGAAGGUUUCGGAAGUAGUAGUGAAAGAAGCUAUCCACGAUUUCUCGACAUUAUUAGUCUUACUAAAGUCAGGAAGAAGGGUUACUAUCACCCCGGAAGUUCUCAAGAGAGUAGCCAUGAACCGUCAUGUUACGGAGAUCUUCCCAAUGCUGCUGAAUUAUGACGGAAGAUGUCCGGUCACAGAAGCUGUCCUCAUGGCCGCAAUUGGGAAUCCGAAUCUGUUUGGUCGUCAUAUAGGCUCAAGCGCUUUUGCUACCAAGUUUAACAAAUUGCUAGACAGAGCUCGCAUUGGCAUCACGAAGGACAUGUUAAAGCUAGCAGCGGAGACCGAUUGGCGACGUAGACACAUAACCAAAAUCCUGCUGGAGUAUCAAAACGAUCUCGACAUCGAAGACAUUCUUAAAAUUGCAGCCCGGAACGAUUCGUAUACGCAGGAGAUGUUCGAGUUCUUGCUAGAGUGGGAUGAGAACUGCCAAAUAACGGAAGACGUUGUUAUCGCUGCUGCUCGAUCUUCAGGGGGGAGUAUGAGGGCUCUUCUAGAGUGCGGACGAUACGUCCCUAUAACUGAAGCAGUGCUGAAAACGGUAGCGAGUGGCAACGGAUGGGAUGCGACGUCUAAAAUGGCGUUGAUAUUAAAUGGACAAUAUAAUGUUGAGAUUACGGAAGAGACGAAAGAUUACACCGGCGUACAUUCAAGUGAACGCCCGCGCUCUGGCGUACGUCUGUUCGGCCGCUUGACGUGGAAGGCCUUCAGGUAUGCGACCGGAAUUCAGAUAUUUAUAUGGGCUUUCCGGAAGAUACGAAGUAAGACGGAUCGUGAUACAAAGAAGGUGGGCGGCAGCUUCUACAGGAAGAUCGACGAAGAAGAAAGGGGCAUGAAAAGCGGAAACGAACAGUCAGCGAUGCCACCGGCUCAACUGCGUCAUGAACCUGUGCCUCCUCCGGCUUAUUCCAACGUCGCUGCUCGCUAA